AUGACGACAGCGCGAGAUGCGCACACUGAGAGUCAGAGAAGAACUUCUGGCCAAAGUCGCGACCAGCGCAAUGAAAAAGCUCUAAUCUUAGUUCAUCUUCAAGUGAACCCAUUUCGAUGGAUUUCGUCAUUGUGUAGCCCAAGGAGCAGUGGCGACUUUCUGCAUGUGUGCGGAGGUGGAGUUGGAGGUGGAGGUGGAGUUGGAGGUGGAGAUAGAGGUAGAGAUGGAGGUAGAGGCAGUGGAAUUGGAGAUGGAGGUAGAGGUGGUGGAGGUGAUGAUGGAAUUCCAGAUUCUAAGGACUUUGAAGGUGGUGAUGUUGAAGGCGGUGGUGGAGAAGAUGGUAGGGUUGGGAAUGCUAGAGGCAGUGCAGGCAAGGGUGGCGGAGAGGGAGAGAAGGUUUGCGGCUUCCAUAUUGCCUAA